UCAUUUAUCAAAUUAACUAUGUUCAAUAGCUUUCUUUUAAUGAACAAAAUGAUAAAAAAUUAAAUAUUAUAGGGAAAAAAAAUAAUUUAACCUACUUUAAAACUCCGUUAUUUAUGCGAAAAUGCCAAGAUGGCGUCGUGGGUGGUUUGAUUCUAGAAUUUUAUCCAAUUUUUCAUAAUAAAUUUUAGCUUAAUAGUGUAAAAAAGUAUCUCGUAAAUAUAAAAAUAAUUAUAAUUCUUUUAAUUAUUGUAUAAAAAUUGAAUUUUUGCAAUUGGCUUGUGCAAAUCAAUAUGAUAUAUUUUAUGUGACGUCAAAUUGUUGAGGUUAUGCUACUUAAUUGAUGGUGUUUAGAUAUAAUUUUUUUUUUUCUCAUAAAAAAGAAAGAAAAUGUUUCGAAUAUUCAUUCUAUAAGUGUGUGUUGAUAUUUAUUUAGAUAAAGUUAUGUGUCAAGAAAAAAAAAUUAUAUCAAUUAUUAAAGAAAUAUGUUGAUUGAAAUACAACAACAAAAAGUGUUUAUUAUAAUAUAAAUAAUAGUUGAUAUCACACUUUACGAUGAUGGGCAUUUUGUAUGAAAAACGGCCUUUAAAAAGGCCAAGAUUAGGUCCACCUGAUGUUUAUCCUCAAGAGCCAAGACAAAAAGAAGAUGAAUUGACAUCAGUUAAUGUUAAACAUGGAUUUUCAACAAUGCCCCAAUUAUCCGAUGAAUUUGGAACUGCUAGGCAUUGUAGUGUGACAGCAGCAAAAGUUGGAGCUUAUUUUAAUGGUAUUCUUGCAAGAAAAGAAGAAUUGGCAACAAUGCCCGAUACAGGAAGGAAAAAACAACAAAUUAAUCCAAAAGAUAAUUUUUGGCCAGUUACUGCUAGAACAAAAAAUGGAAUUGAAGCAUGGUUCAAAGAUUUGUCUGGUUCAAAACCAUUGGUAACACUUGCAAAGAAAGCACCAAAUUUUAAUAAAAAAGAAGAAAUAUUCAUGAUGCUUUGUGAAUAUCAAGUUCCAAUGCUUAGAGCUGCUUGGUUUAUUAAACUCAGUUCGGCAUACACUGUUGCUGUGUCGGAGGCAAAAAUUAAAAAACGACAAUUACCCGAUCCCACUACAGAAUGGAGUGGAACGUUAAUUAAAUUUUUAAAGGAUCAACUAUCAAAACUUCACGAAUGGUAUCAUUUGGGUAAUUCAACUCUUCAUACAUCAAAUAGUAAUGGAACGACAAAUGGCUCAUGCAGCAGUAAUACACCAAAUAGCGCUGUUCCAACGACAAAUACAACAAAUGGCACUGCAAUUAAUCAACCACCAACUCCAAAUUCACAAUCAACGACAAAUACAGUGAUGAACGAUGAACAUAAAUUGGCACUUAAACAAUGGCAUUAUUGUACAAUGUUAGCGAAAUAUAUGUUUGAAGAGGGACUCCUUGAUAGGCAAGAAUUUUUACAAUGGAUCUUGGAGUUAUUAGAUAAAAUGAAAAAUGUUCCUUCUGACGAUGGAAUUUUAAAACUAUUACUGCCACUUGCUUUACAAUAUUUAGAAGAAUUUGUUCAAUCUGAAUUAUUGGCUAGACGUCUUGCUUAUUUGUGUUGUAAAAAAAUUGCCCACAUGUGUAGUAAUGUUGACACAACUUUUAAUCCACAAAGUCCCUGUAUUGUGUCAACACCAUUGAAAUCAGAAAUUAAUGGAAAAGAUGCUAAUGCUGCUGCAGUCGCUGCAACUCCAAUUGCUGUUAAUCCAUUAACAACUGCGUUUAAUGAUUAUCUCUCGUGUCCACAUCAUAGAGAUAUAAUUUAUGAACUCUCAGCAAUUAUACAGGCCAUCACUUUGGAAUGUCCCACUGCCCUUGUUUGGAAUAGUGUUGGUGAGGGUAAAUCACCAUCAGUUUUAAAUGGAUCACCACUUGAUCAUGUUCCAUGUCCACCAGCUGCAUUACCCUGUCCACCAGCAAGUGCAACCGAUCCAACAAUGAAACAAUUGCGAUUUGCUCAGGAAAAUAUUAGAGCACGUUCACAAGCAGCUGAAAGUCGAUGGUCAUGUGAUAAAUGGCAACAAAGUAGCGCUGGUAUGACAACAACAAAAGUACUCGCUGCACUCGAUGCACUCGAUCGUCAUAGUUUUGAUCGAAUGGAUCAAAGUAAUUCAUUGGAUACACUUUAUGCAAAAAUAUUUGUAAUUACACAAAAAGAAGUUGUUACAACAGCUUCAGCAUCAACAGCAGCUACAGCAACAACAACAACAUCAUCAUCAUCAUCAACAACGACAAACACAACAACAAAUACAACAACUACCACUACAACAUCAACAACAAAUGAACGAGAUACAAAGACUGAAUAUAAUCCACAGCAGGAUUCUGCAAUUAUUGAAAUUCUCUGUGAAUGGGCUGUUAGCGCUGAAAGAUGGGGUGAACAUAGAGCAAUGGCCGUAGCAAAAUUAUUAGAAAAACGUCAAAGUGAAGCAUCCGGUGAAAAUAAUGAUAAUGACGAUAAGGACAGUGUUUGCAGUAAUGGUUCACCACCAUCGCUUCCUAUUUUUCAAUCACUUCUUAUGAAAUUUUUAGAUACUGACGCACCUAUUUUAGAUAAUAGCUCAAUACAAUCAAAAGCCCAAUUUACAAAUUUGGUUCAUCUUUUUUCUGAAUUAAUACGACAUGAUGUUUUUUCUCAUGAUGCUUAUAUGUGUACAUUGAUAUCGAGAGGGGAUUUAAUACAAGGGCCAGUUGCUAGUAAGCCAAGUACACCUAGUAAUCGUGAGACUAUGGAUGAGGACAGCCUAUUUCCGGGAUUAGAAUUUAAAAAAUCAAACCAAGAAGUGCCUGAUUAUGGUAGAACAAUGGAUUGUGAUGAUAGUAAAAUCGAUGACGAUCUUGAUAAACUUUUACAACAUAUAAAAGAAGAUCAACAGAAUAGUAUGGACGCUCCUGAUAGUCCAAAAGAAGAUGCAUUAGGAGGUCAUGGACACGAAGGUCUCGAUACUAAAACACCUUCCAGUCCCAGUAGACAUUUACUUUAUACUACUCACUUUCCACUUCCACAGGAUGAAACUUGUAGUCAACACGAUUGUAAUCAACGACAUGUACUUUUAUAUGGUGUUGGCCGUGUACGCGAUGAUGCGCGACAUGUCGUUAAAAAAAUGACAAAAGAAGUUUGUAAAUUAUUUGGAAAGAAAUUUAGUAUUGAUGUUGCUGAAGGUGGAAAAGUUAAAAAACAUUCACGCAAUGAAUUUAAUUUUGAAGCAAUUACACAAAAAUUUCAAAAUCUCAGCUAUUUUGAUCAACAUGUUGUAACAUGGCAAUGUGCAACGCAAGUUGUUGAAAUGCUUAAUACAUUUGCAGUUUCUGCAUCAUCUUAUUUACCCGUUCAAGAACAUGUUGCAUUUCUAUUUGAUUUAAUGGAACUUGCACUUAAUAUUUAUGGAUUAAUUGAUAUAUGUAUUCAAUUAUUAAAAGAAUUGCCCGAGGUUGAAGCACAAUUAACAACAAGAAAUAGUACACUAGUCAGAAGUUAUACAACAAGUUUAAGUCUUUAUGUCGUUGGAGUUUUGAGAAGAUAUCAUUGUUGCCUCUUAUUAUCUCCUGAACAAACGACAGUUGUAUUUGAUUUACUCUGCAAGGUUGUUAAGCAUGUGUCAAAUCCAAGUGAUUGCAGUUCAGCGGAACGUUGUGUUUUGGCACAUCUUUAUGAUUUAUAUUCAAGUUGUUCAUUAUUGAAAACAAAACCACAUGGCGUUGAGGCAUUUAAUAAUGCACAUCCAAAAAUUCGUUUAGCACUUUACAGUGCAUUACAACCGACGCCUUCGAAUCAUGUUUAUAAUUCACAAUUUAUGGUUGAUGUAUUUAAUAGUCCAAGAAGAGGUGGUAAAAUUGAACAACAAUGGGCUAAAAUGUUAAAUGAAACACCAGCAAAUCGUUACAGUUUUGUGUGUAAUGCAAUUGUUGCUGUUUGCAGUGAAUUGGAUAAUGAUAAAUUAAAUGAUAUUGCCAUUACUUGCGCAGAAUUAACAGCAUGUUGUAAUGCAUUAAGUGCCGAAUGGCUUGGUGUACUUAUGGCACUUUGUUCAUCAUCGAGUAGUUCAACAUUUUAUAUUGAUGUAUUAAAUCAAGUGGACGUACAAGAUUUAAGUUUACAUAAUUCACUUGCUGUAUUUACAUCUAUUUUGAUAGCGAGACAUUGUUUUUCCCUUGAAGAUUUUUUGCUUCAUGUAGCAUUACCGUGCCUAGUGAAAACAUGUAACGAAGGACGUGGUGAUGCUGAUACAGAAGCUGAAGCAGGAGCACGAUUAACAUGCCACUUACUUUUGAGACUGUUUAAAACUAGUGAAUGUCCACAGCCGGCUUUAUAUUCGGUCAGUACAAGUCCACAUCCAUUGCCAAGUGGUAAUCCACGAGGAUAUAGCAUAAAAUUAAGUUGCGAUCGUCAUUUGUUGGCUGCGGCGCACAAUAAUAUUAAAGUUGGUCCAGUUUUAGCUGUACUCAAGGCUAUUUUGGUUGUUGGCGAUGCUACUGCGGGUAAACAACCUCCAAAAAAAAUUGAUGUUCCAUUAACACAUUCGGGUAAGGCUGGUGGUCCUGGUAGUGUUGGUGUUAGUGGAUCGGGUCCCGGUGAAUUAUCAAUAAGUCAUAUUCUCGGUACUAGUGAUAUUCUUGGUGGUGGUGAUGAUUUAGGUCUUGAUAUUGGAAUGUCAUCAUCAAAUAGUAGCGCUGGAAUAACUGCCGAAAGUGUUAAGGGUCUUUCUGAUUUUGCACAACAUGUAUUGAGACAAAUAUGCAGUCAGGAAUGGGUAUUGGAGAGAUGUCUUCAAAAUCCUGAGGAACUUUGUCAUCCUGGAAUGUUAUUGGAUGAUGUAUUGACACCACGUCAAGCGCAACGACUAUUACAUAUGAUAUGCUAUCCCCAUACAUCGUCAGACGCGUUUCUUGAUCAAAAAACUCAUAUAACGAAUAUUUUAGAAAAUUUAGAACAAUGGAGCUUGAGAAUGUCGUGGUUGGAUCUUCAAUUAAUGUAUAAACAAUUUCCAUCAAAUUCGAAUGAUUUAUUACAAUGGCUCGAUACAGUGGCAAAAGCAGCUAUUGACGUUUUUCAAUUGAAUAAUGUCACCGCUAAAGGUGAUAAAAAAUCAGGAUCAAUAUGGUUGGUUGCGCCAUUAGUAUCAAAACUUCCAAGUCCAGUGCAAGGUCGUGUAUUAAAAGUAGCGGGUCAAGUAUUAGAAUCGGGUAAUUGGUCGAAAACGGCAAAUCGAGAACGUGGAAGAUCUAAAUCGCCUUCACUUUUUAAUCAUCAACCUUUUCUAUCGCUUGUAUUAACGUGCCUCAAGGGUCAAGAUGAUCAACGUGAAGGAUUAUUAACAUCCUUACAUUCGCAAUUGUCACAAUUUUUAAGUACAAGUAAAGAGGAGAAAAAUAUUGGUUCAGAGGAUCCAAAAACAAGAGAAGUUUUACAAGAUGCAUUACAAUUGAGAUUUAGUUUAGUUGGCGGUGUAUUUGAUACUAUUCAACGUAAUACAACUGUCACUACUGAUUGGGCUAUUUUAUUGGUUCAAUUGGUAAGUUAUGGUGUUAUUGAUUUAAAUAAUAAUUCUGAACUUUUUACAACAGUUAUUGAUAUGUUGGCAACAUUGAUACAUUCAACUCUUGUCAAUGAUUCACAAUCAGAGAAAGAUGAAAAUAAAAAACAUUAUCAAAAUUUAAUGAAAAAAUUGAAAAAAGAAUUGGGCGAUAGAAAUUCACAAAGUAUUCAAUUUGUUCGACAAUUACUUCCAUUGCCAAAAUUGACAAUUGAAGUUAUUGCUUGCGAACCAGUUGGAUGCUUAACAGAUACAAAGGGAAAUAAAAUUACCGGAUUUGACAGUAUUGAUAAAAAGCAGGGUCUACAAGUUUGUGAUUCGCAAAAGGUCUCAGCUUGGGAACUAUUGGAAGGUCAUAAAAAUCCAGCUCCCCUCUCCUGGUCUUGGUUUAGAGCUGUGAAAAUUGAAAGAAAACCCCUGACCUAUGAGAUUGCUCACAAACUUCUUCGCUAUCAUACACACAGUCAAACCAAGGCAUCGAGUUAUUAUUUGGAACCACCACCAUUGCCACCAGAGGAUUUGGAACCGGAUAAAAAGGAAUCUGAAUCAGGUAAAGCUGACACUCCAAUGAGUAUUGAUUCUCCAGGAAGAAUUGGCAGUACAAAUGGUGUUAUUGGUGCAGCUGCAGGCGGUGUCGGCAAAGGGAAAGCCAUGAAAACGAAAAGACAUCGAAGAAUCAAGGGAUCGGUCACGCCAACUGCAAUUCCACCUCAACAAUUACAGCCUCAAGGUCAAUCGCAGAUGCCACAAAUGCCAUAUGGUAAUCAACAACAACCACAAGUGACACCACAACAGGGAAUGUUUUCAGGACAACCACCACAACCACAACAAAAUUGGUAUCCCAAUCAACAAGGACAUCCUCAACCUCAGCAAUAUGGUUAUGGUCAACAAUUACCACCGGCUGUCACUGGACCACGUUAUGAUCGUCCAGGAAUGAAUAAUCAAUCAAAGCAAGCGCUAUCAAAUAUGUUGAGAAUGCGAUUACCUUCAACACAAUUUAUGGGCACACAACAACAACAACAACAGCAGCAGCAGCAACAACAACCAAAUCCAGCGUCCGUUGGUCCUGCCGGUUUUCAGGGUAUGCAACGACAACAAUUCAUUAGGCAACAACUUAGGGCGCAACACAGUGCAGCGUCAAUGAAUCCUCAACAAACAAUGUUUAAUCCACAACAACAACAACAACAACAACAGACACAACAAGGAAUGUAUACAGGAAUGCAGCAAGGAGUGGGAGGAAUGAAUCAAAACUACGGUGGCUAUGGUAAUCAACAAAUGCUCGCGCAACAACCACAACAACAGCCCCAACAAGUACAACAGCAACAAAUUUUGCAACAACAGCAGCAGCAACAACAACAAGGCAUGAUAUCGCAGCAACAACAAAACAUGUUGUUUCAAAAUCAACAAAUGUUAGGUGCACAGAGAGGACAGGAAUAUCUUCAGCAACAAAGAAUGCAACAAAAUGCAACGAGACCACCUUAUCUUCAGACACCUAAUGUAACAAUGAAUACAAUGGGUCCAAUGGGUGGAAAUGUUCAAAAUCAACCAGCUCCACCAUACAGGCAAACAGGCGGUAAACCUGGAGCUGUUGGAGUUUCUGGAGUUGGAUCAACUAACGUUGGAUUACAAUCAAAUCAGCAUCUACAACAACUGGCAAUGAAUCAACGUUAUCGACAACAGCAACAGCAACAAAUGUUAGUUAAUAUGCAACAUCAUCAACAAUCGCAACAGCAAGUUCAACAACAACAACAACAGAGUAGCAAUGUAGGCCAACAACAAACACCACAAUUAGUAGCGCAUCUUCAACGAAAUUUAAAUCAACCUCCACAACAUCCCUAUCAUAAUCAACAUCAACCUCCACCAUAUUAAGACAAGAACAAAAAAAGCCUUGUAAAUUGCAAAAAGUAUUUCGAAAAGAAGAAAACUCUUUUUUUUCUUCAUAGAAUUAUUUUCUUCACGUGAAUAAAUCACGUG